GAAUAUGACAUCAGUUUGGCCAGAAAAUAUACACCAGUGAGUGAAGAAGAACUAAAGAAUAUGAUAAAGAAUAUUACCGGAGAAAACCAACAAAUUGGUCCAAAUGCAGUGAGAGCUAGACUGGCAGGUCAAGGUAUCAUCAUUCAAAGGAGACGGAUAAGGGAAGCUUUGAAUGAAAUAGAUCCUGCUGGAGCCAUUGUACGUAGUAUGAGAACUCCGAUAUAAUUAGAAGAACAUAUUCAGUAGCAGGGCCAAAUUCUUUGUGGCAUUUUGAUGGAAACCAUAGACUGAUCAGGUGGAACAUUGUAAUCCAUGGCUGUAUAGAUGGCUACAGCAGAGUUAACAUUUAUCUUGCAGCCAGAAACAACAACAAGGCAUCCACAGUGCUAGAUCUUUUUAAAGGAGGAGUGGAAGAGUAUGGUCUUCCUUCACGUGUUCGAUGUGAUAUGGGUAGGGAGAAUGUGUCUGUGUGUAGAUAUAUGGUAGAAAAAAGAGGGGAGAAUAGAGGUAGUGCCAUACAAGGUAAAAGUGUACACAAUCAAAGAGUGGAGCGUUUGUGGGUGGACGUCUGGAAAGGUGUCACUAACUUGUACUAUGAUCUAUUUACCUACAUGGAAAGUGAACACUUGUUCGAAAUAGGUAAUGCCAUCCACCUAUGGGCAUUACAUUUUGUAUUUUUACCGAGGAUCAAUGCUGAUUUGAGUCUUUUUCAGUCACAGUGGAACCACCAUGGGUUAAGGAGUGAAGGGCACAUGUCACCACAGCAGCUGUUUGUUUCAAGGGCCUUAGAACUGUUUGGUACUGAGAGAACUGCUGUUAAAGACUUGUUUGAUCCAACAAGAGAGAGCGAAAUAUCGGAAAUGUAUGGCGUUGAAGAUCUUGGGUUAGCAGAUGAAGAAGAACCACAAGAAACAGAGGAACAGAUUGUUCCUUGCCCUCUCAAUGAUGAGGCACUUGAAGAACUUAAAAACGUGAUAGAUCAACAUGGUGACAAUGAUCAACUGGGUAUUGAGAGUUAUUUACAAGUUCUGCAAUUUCUUCAGGAUCAGUUAUAAAGAAAUUAGGUGGAUCUACUCAUUGUAUAAUGCCUUGAAAUUUUCAAUUAUUCCAAUCAUUUUCAGUUACUUUAACAUCCUUUUACUUGUUGAUUAAUGUACAAAAUACAUGUGAGCUCUUCUUGUUAAUUUUUCUUACAGUAUCACAGUAAUUUAACUAUAUUAAGGUCAGAAUAAGAGUACUUUUCUUCUGAUUAAUGAUUGACAUGUAUAGUUUAUUUGUCCCACUAUUUAAGUAAAUCUCUUAUCCGAAUGCAAACAUAUAUG